AUGCGCGUAUGUUUUACCCCUUCUCGCAGGCAUCGACCUUGUCCUUAUGGUGAGGGCCGCUGUGUGGUCGGCGGCAGGGUGACCACAGCGCUUGUGUUCGUACGCUCAGCUGCCAACAAGCAAGGCCAAGCAAGCCUUCGGGACAACUGCUUCAGUGUGGGCGAGGAGCAGAGCUGCAUGGCAAGCGAGACGCAGCGCAGUGCAGCCGAGUGCGGUGGCUUCUGCAGCUUGUCGGAGGAGCUGGGGCCGUGCGACGGGCACGGCGCAUGUGUGUCGGCGGUGCAAACGGCAGGGCCGGGGGAGGGGUUCGUGUGUGAGUGCGAGGAGGGAUACGUGGCGGUAAACAGCAGCUCUGGACCCACGUGUUCUCGCCCGCCCCCGCCCCCCUCCUCAUCGCUCUCCACCAGCGCACUGGCGGGCAUCGCCGUGGGCUCUGCUGCUGCUCUUGCCCUCCUCCUCGCUCUCAUCGUCGUCGUGAUCUGGCCCAAACAGCGCAGUCAGCCCCUUCCACUUUCUCCUAAUGUCCGGUUUUUUUAUUCUCCCUUCGUUUUAUUCACGCUUCCUCCCACCGUCCCUUCCUUCCGCUUUCCCUCCCACUUUCCCUGCCCAAUUUCCCUCCCUCCCACUUUCCCUUCCUCCCACUUGCUCUUGAUCCCAUUUGCCCUUGCUCCCCCCAUCUCUUCCUCCCCCUGUCCCUUCCUCCCCUCCUCCCUUCCCUCCCUCCUCAUGAUGUCUCCGGUGCGGGCGAUGGCGUCGCUGCAGCAUGAGAAUGUGGUGCGGCUGAUGGGCUUCUGCCUGCACCAGAGUGUGGAGAGCGGGCGGCAGGAGCAGGUGCUGGUGUACGAGUAUGUGCCCCAUGGGGACCUCAAGCACCACAUCCACCACUCCAAGUGUGAGUGCCGAAGCCGCGCCAAGAUCGCCGACUUUGGGCUGCUCAAGCUGCUCAGCCACGCUGACGGGGGCGACGAGCGCACGCGCGUGGCAGGCACCCCGGGGUACCUGUAUCCGGACUACAACCGCACCCACGUGGUGUCAGAGAAGAGUGACGUCUACAGAGCCAAUCAAUAG